UUUUUUUUGGGUCUGAAUUUCCGUGCUUGCUCGGGCCUCCCUUACCUUAUUGCAUUUAAUCUUAAAUCAAGAGAGCCGAGUGGCCCGAGUCGCCGCGAGUAGAGGGUAGAUAGAAGAACUGAAGAAGGAGCAAUAGCAAUGGCGUCAUCGAGUGCGUCAACACCUCCAUAUCCAAGCGCUGCUAGAAUCUCUGAUUCUCAAUGUUAUCAGCAGUACACUGCCUCUCUCAAAUGUCUAGAAAAAUAUCACUCAGACAAGAGCAAAUGUCAAGAACAUUUUGAUAUUUAUAAAGAAUGCAAGAAAAAGGAGAGAGAAGCUCGAUUGGAGCGAAACAAGAGUAGGUCUCUUUUCUCUUGAAUUCCUUUCAUGAUCUAUAACUCGUAUCAUAAGGUGCAAAUGUUAGAUUUGAGCUCAUCAGGAUUGGUAUUAGAUACCCAGGCAAAUGAUAUAGCUGGUUCUGUGUAACUUGUCCAAGUUUGUGCCAUUUGUAAAGGACGAUGAAUAUUUUGUUAUUUUGUUUGGAAUGUUGAUGGUAGUUAUACUGUUAACCAUGUGUAGAUCUUUGCAAGAUUAGAAGUUCAAAACAAAAAAAUAAAAUAAAAACAGAAUCGUUACUGUAGCCACA